AUGUUUCCUCCACAGCAGGGCACUUCGCUCGACAUCGAAGCUCUCUCGGGGAUCUGUGGAUCAAUAUCGAUCGCCUGUUGGGUAGUGGUAUUUUCACCACAGAUCAUUGAGAACUUCAGGAGAGGGUCGGCCGAAGGACUAUCCAUUGUUUUCAUCGUCAUCUGGCUUGCUGGAGAUGUGUUUAAUAUCCUCGGCGCCAUCCUGCAGGGGGUCUUGCCUACGAUGACGAUCCUGGCUGUAUAUUAUACAUUGGCGGAUAUCGUUUUGAUGAUGCAGGUGUUUUACUAUCGGGGUUUCACGCUGAGGGACGAGGUUCGACCAUCACAUUCUAAUGGAGACGCUGAGACCCGGCCGCUCUUACACAGUGGCUCGGUAACUCAGCCGCCAUCGAGGGAUGAGAAUGAUCGCUCGCGUUCCAUCAGUGCGUUGCAACGACAUCUCUCUGUCGACGGAACCCAUUUGUCCCCUGUCACGCCUCUGCUCGAUGCCCCCAAACCCGGUGAUCCACCAGCUGUCAAGAACGCCAAGCCCACUACGACACUGCAGACCGUCAUUUUUAACAGUUUUGCUGUGCUCCUCGUCUGCGCCGCUGGUGUCUUUGGAUGGUGGAUUACCUCCCGCAAAGUGCAUCGCAAGCACUCCAUCAAAGACGAAGAAUCUGACCAACUCGAAUUCGAUACUUUGGGCCAGAUCUUCGGCUAUCUCUGUGCGGUGCUAUAUCUUGGAUCUCGACUUCCGCAAUUGUUACUCAACUAUAAACGAAAAAGCACGGAAGGCGUCUCGCUGUUGUUUUUCUUGUUUGCCUGUAUUGGAAACUUGACAUAUGUCAUGUCCAUCUUUGCAUAUUCGCCCAUCUGUCGGAAGCCGGGUCAUUGUAAGGCUGGUGAGUCUGGGGCUAUCUAUGCCAGGUAUAUUGCGGUCAACGCGAGUUGGAUCGCGGGUAGUUUGGGAACGUUGUUUUUGGAUAUGGCGAUUUUUGUGCAGUUCUUUUUGUAUCAAAAGGUGGAGGGUGAUGACGAUGAAGACGAUCUAUGA